AUGUUUUACAUCAUGUAUCUGACAGGCCUUUGCCAAAGGAGACACUGGCCCGACCCUCUCUUCCAGACAUACAGAUCCGGCUACGGUUACGGGUGUACAGUUCGUGUCAACAACCGAGAAUACUCGACAGACGUCGACUAUGAGAGUGACGAGCUGGCCAAGAACGCUGCUGCUACCCGAGCGUACAUGAUCUGCCGCAACUUUUCUGUCAACGACGGGAUGUUCCCCGGCCACCGACCAGGCCAAGGUGGUGUCGUUCAGGGUAUGCCCGUUGCCAUUGGUGCUGGUCGACGCAACACUGCAGUGUCCAACGACUAUGAGACAGCAAGCAGCUCCAGUGGCGAUACCAGCCCGAGGAACAGCGACUAUGACCUUGAUGCUCCUGGACGUCGCUCGAGCAAGUCGAGCACAAGCUCGACAAGUGCCUGCUACUGCGGUAGGGGUGCUGUAAGAGUGUAUGAGAGGUGCACCGGCUGCUUGAGGGAUGCCGGAUACCAAUGCUAA